CGAUUGUUGUAUCACUUCAAAGUAUUGACAUAACCUAAUAGAACUGUCAAAAUUGACGUUUUGACUUGCGAUUAUAAACAUAUAUUUUGCUAUUUGUAAUCCUUUAUUUUAUGAACUGAAAUUGUAGAUUUAAAUAUUAACAUUUUUCAGAAUGGGAACUAUUGAGUUGUUAGAGGAUAGAAUUGCUAACUUGGAAAAGCAAAUAUAUGGACUUACGAAAGCAAAUCAAACCAUCGAUACAAUACCAAAAAAUCCUGUGACCGAUCAGCUUUUGAAUGUGAAUACAUUAAUUACGUCUGCUUUGUCAAGACGAGAAAAAGCAAAUGCUGCAGUGGAACGGUUACCAGAAUUAAAUGAUUAUUUAGAUCCUGUGUGUGAAAGCUUAGAAAUACCAGCAGAAGCUAAAGUUCAGUUAUUGCUAGCAAUGGCACCAGAAAUCAAAAAGAAUUAUGAAAUGUUAAAGCAGAUGCAGGAGUUAAUGCCUGUAUUAGAAACUGACCAUUUAAAGGAUGUACCAGAAUUAUCGAACAAGCUUAGUACUCUAAAUUUAUCAUAUCUUAAGUUGCACGAUGAAAGCCAGGAGUUGAAUAAUCACAUAAAUGAACUUUUGUCAAAAUAUAAUGAAGUAAUAACUGGCAUUUCUAAAUCAUUGAUUGCUAUGGAUGCUACAGUACUAGAUGCAGAGAUUGCAGCUAUGCCUAAAAAACAAUUAGAUUAAGAAUGUAUUGUACAUACAUGUAAGAUGGUUCUAAAAAUAAUAAAGUCCUUUACACUUGAAAA